AUGCUGUUACGACUACGGGGGCCUGAUGGCAUGAAGAGGGUCACGGUUGACCCCAGUGAUACGUUUGGCGACCUGGGUCGUCUCCUGGUCAAGGAGCUUCCUCCGACCGUCGCUCCCGAAACUAUUGCCAUGUCCAAUACCCCCUCGGGCGGCGAGCGGAAACGGCUGGUAGAGAUUGCAAAGUUCAAACUCAGCCAGAUUGGUCUCAAGCAUGGUGAUCUCAUCUUCCUGACCUAUGACCACAAGAGCGACACAGCCAACGGCGAGACCGACUCCAAUGGCGCCGUUCCUGCCGCCGCAAACAGACUCAACGGCAAGCCUAUCCUGCCGACCGAAGACAUCCCCACAAAGCCAAUCUCGAUAGGAAAAGAGCCGACACUCAUCAGAAACCCGUGGGAGGUGGUAAAACAGUCAGCCUUGGAUGAUCGGCUGGACAAGAAAGACGGCAAGAUCCCAAGAGGACGCGAUAAGAUGUGCAAGCACGGACCGAAGGGCAUGUGCGACUACUGCAUGCCUCUCGACCCCUUCAACCCGCAGUACCUAGCUGAUAAGAAGAUCAAAUAUCUAUCUUUCCACUCCUACCUCCGCAAGAUUAACUCGGCCACAAACAAGCCCGAGCUGGGCAGCUCCUUCAUUCCGCCUCUGAAGGAGCCCUACUUCCGAGUCAAGAAGGACUGUCCGUCUGGCCACCCAGCUUGGCCCGAGGGUAUUUGCACAAAGUGCCAACCGAGCUCCAUCAUCUUACAGCCGCAGACAUGGCGUGCCGUCGACCAUGUCGAGUUCGCCUCAUUUGACCUGGUCAACACAUUUAUCGAUGCCUGGCGCAGAACUGGCGCUCAAAGAGUCGGACUUCUCUACGGUCACUAUGAGGAAUACACCGAAAUACCACUGGGAGUUAAAGCUGUAGUGGAGGCUAUCUAUGAGGUGCCACAGGUGGAUGAGGCCGACGGUGUCUCGUUGAAUCCCUUUGACAACGAGCACGAAAUCACGGCUGUUGCCAAACUAUGCGGCCUCGAGCCGGUGGGCACUAUCUUUACCGACCUGCUGGACUCGGGUGUCGGCGACGGCUCCGUCAUCUGCAAGAGACAUGCAGACUCGUACAACCUUUCCUCACUCGAGGUCUGCUAUGCCGCAAGACUUCAAGCACAGCACCCCAAGCCCACGAAAUGGAGUGACACUGGCAUCUAUGGCUCCAAUUUCGUGACUUGCAUCAUAUCAGGUGAUGAGACUGGCCAGAUUGCCAUCUCCGCCUAUCAAGCAUCUCUUGAGGCUGUAGAAAUGGUUCGGGCCGAUAUCAUCGAGCCGUCGGCCGAUCCUACCGUCAUGCUUGUGCAGGAAGAGGAGGAUGAGGACGGUUCCAAGAGCCGCACGAGAUUCAUACCCGAGGUCUUCUUCCGCAAGAUCAAUGAAUACAAUGCCAACGUUCAGGAAAAUGCAAAGCCUGCUUUCCCUGUCGAAUAUCUAUAUGUCACCUUGACUCACGGCUUUCCUACCGAGCCCAAGCCCCUGUUCAAGGACUCAAAAGAGAGCCCUUUCCCGAUUGAAAACCGCGAGAUCAUGGGCGAGACGCAGCAGCCCAGUGCUGUGGCCAAGGCCCUCAAGACCAAGGAUGGCCAGCAAAAGCUUUCCGACUUUCACCUCCUAUGCUUCAUUCACAACAUGGGCGUGCUUUCAAAGGAGGAAGAAGCUCUUUUGUGCCGUGUGGCCACAAAGCACGACCUUGCCGACACGUACCAACUCUUCUCGAUGCCCGGAUGGCAGACGCUGGAGGCUAUCAUUCAAUCGUCCGGUGAGAACAUUCCUACGCACACUUUGAAGCGUCCUCGCUCGCCUAGUGGAGGCGGGGUCCAAUCUGUCAAUCCUGAUAACCCAGCAAACCCUCGUGAAUCUGCCAAGACGAGUGACGGUGUUGCAACCUUUUCGAACGAUGAACCAGACGCUAAGCGUUUUGCUGCCCUUAGGCUGAGCGGUAGUCGCCAACAAGACGGGAGGAAUCGCCCACGUCCUGCGCCCGCUCCCGGAACCGCCCAAAGAAGGUCGAAAGUUGAGUAG